AUGGAUUCUUCCUUCCUCCAUUACUCUUUGAACACAAACAAUCAAAUUCUGCCAUCUGCAAACCACCAUUCUCAAUCCCAACAUCUUCCUUUCAACGAAAAUGACUCCGAAGAGAUGGUGCUCUAUGGAGUAUUAGCAGAAGCCGGCGUGGACUCCUCAUCGGAACAGAUGUCUGAUCUAAUGCAGUACUCACCGGAGAAGGAAGUUACAUACAGAGGUGUGCGCCGGAGGCCGUGGGGAAAGUACGCCGCGGAAAUAAGGGAUUCUACGAGGAAUAGUGUGAGAGUUUGGUUGGGAACUUUUGACACUGCAGAAGCAGCAGCCUUGGCUUAUGAUCAAGCAGCAUUAGCCAUGCGAGGGUCUACUGCCGUGCUCAACUUUCCGACGGAGGUUGUUUACGAGUCACUGAAAGAGAUGAAGUACGGUUUCGAGGCCGGAUGCUCGCCGGUGUUGGCAUUGAAGAAAAGACACACCAUGAAGAGGAAAGCAGUGAGUAACAAUAAGAGAAAAGAAAAGGAGCUUAGGCUGGAAAACUUGGUGGUUUUGGAGGACUUGGGUUCUGAAUAUUUGGAGGAACUCCUUAGUUUGUCUGAAAAUUCUUCAUCUUGGUGA